UACUCUUGUGAUUUGUUGCAUGGAUACUUGCUUGUCAAAUCUGAUCAGUGUUUGGCAGACCCUAGUCAGUGGUCUGUCAUGUCAGCUAGCUGAGACCAAGUUAGAGCUUACGCGUAGUCGAGAACUCAAUGAACAGUUGUCAAAGCAAUUAAGUGAAACUAGCAAGCAAUUAUCAGAUGCUAUUAACAAAUUUAUUGAAUUUCAAAAUACCAGUCAAAUUGCUACUGCAAAGUCAGCCAACAUCAUCCCUGUACCGUCUGCAUCGAAUGCUUUGCUUGAAACGCCUGCUCAAGAACUUUCGAAGGCUAUCAGUGAACUUCGACACUGGCUUCCAGAAGGUAUGGCAGCAGCUGCUUGUGCUGCUGUGAAUGCACGCUUAUCACCACCAACUCGUACACAAUCAUUUGGUCAGCAUCAAUCACCAUGUCGUUCUGAAACACCAAUACAAUCAAAUAAUCGUAUAACCGUACACGAACAGCACCAUCACCAACAGCAGCAGCAGUAAAUCUCUACUGUCAUUUCAUCUCCAAAAUCA